ACAUAUUUUCUGUUGAGUCGGCCUACGUCAGAGUUGAUGAUAACUGUUGGAAUUUUGAUUGUCCACUAAAAGCACUAAACGCUUGUUUUACAACCUACAAUGCCUUACAUUGUACCUAUCCACGUGAGUGUUAUGAAUCAUGGCUGAUUUUACAACUUCAACUUUAUAAUUUUACAACCAUUUACGAUCAAAAAUCAUCAAUUAUUACAUCUUUAUCAAGCAAAAUGAACGCUUUAAAAAAUACUUAUUUGUAAAUUUUUAUUUAAAAAUUUCAAUUUAUUUAGUAUCAGUUUUUACUAAUAUGAACUAGGUGAAAUAAUAAUUUUCUCUGUAUUUAUUAUAUAUUCUUGUUAAAAAAGUUUUGUUAUUUCUUUUAAUACAUUAUGUAUAAAUGUUAUUUAUGUUUAAAAGAUUUCCGGUCCAUAGCAAAGUUAAUUUGGCACAUGAAAAUAUAUCAUAAUCUUGGUAAUAAUUCGUUUUAUCUCUGUAAACAAAAAAAUUGUGUACGUGAUUUCAGGGGUUUAAAAAAAUUUAGGCAGCAUUUAAAUAGGGAACAUUCCCAAGUUACGGUAAACCAAAAUGAUGAAAUCAGUUUUAGUAAUACAAUAACUGAAUCCACUGUUGAAUCUUUGGUAGAAUUACCUGAAAUAUUUAAUAAAUCAUCUACUACAUUUUCUGAACUCGAUAGUACACCCUUAACAAAUAAUAUUGAAUCAUAUGAAUUAAUUGAAGAAUCUGUCAUUAUAAAUGACCUUGUUAAUAAUUAUACUAAACAAAUAUUAGACGAUGAAAAUAGAAGUAUAAACUUAUUUCCUUACGAUGAAAUUUUGAAAAGAAAUGUAUUACAGUUUAUUACAAAAUUAAUGUCGAAGCCUUAUCUUACUAACUCAUUGGUACAAGAUGUAGUGGAAAGUGUUAUGGAGCUGUUCUCAAGUGGUAUAAUAGAACAACUAAAAUGUAAAGUUGUUCCUAUAUUACAAUGCAGUUCUUCCACAAAACUAGAAGUAGAAAAAAUGUUUGAUUCUUUACAAGACCCGUUUUUUGAACUACAAACUCAUUACCAACGAAUUAAGUAUUUAAUUUCUAAUAAUUAUUUUUUCAUACCCGAAACUGUGGUGGUAGGUCAUACUCAAGAAAAGCGGUAUAUUAAUGGUGAAGAUAAGCUUUUAACGGUGCCUAUACAUGGGCAUUUUCUUUCUAUGAAAAAAAACCUUAAGGCCUUUUUUGAGCUUCCUAAUGUUCUUAAAGUUGCAACUGACUUUAUGUAUGAUUCGUCAUUACACAAUAAUACUCUUACUUCUUUUUUGGAUGGAUCGACAUGGAAAGAUAUGAAUUUAAAAUUUUUAGGAAAAAUUGUUUUACCUCUUUUUCUAUACUAUGAUGAUGCUGAAAUGGGAAACCCAUUGGGUUCCCAUUCUGGCAUACAUAAAAUAGGGUGUAUAUAUUAUACUGUUGCAGCCUUACCACCUGAAUAUUUGUCAUCUUUAAAUAAUAUAUUUACAGCAUUUUUAUUUCAUUCAUCAGAUCGUGGGACAACCAAAAUACCCAAUAAAAUCAUGUUUUCUCGUCUUAUCAAUGAACUAAUUGAUCUUCAAACAAAUGGAAUUUCUGUAUGUAUUGACAAUACUUACACUACUGUAUACUUUGCACUAGGGUUAGUCUUGGGAGAUAAUUUGGGAUUAAACUCUAUCUUGGGUUUUGUCGAAAGCUUUUCUGCAAAUCAUUACUGUAGGAUUUGUCGUUGUCCAAAACCAGAAUUACAGAAAAUGUUAAGAGAAUCUUUUCAAUCAUUAAGAAAUGAAAAUAAUUAUGAAAUUGAUAUUAAUAAAAGAAAUGUAACAGAUACUGGAUUAAAUGAACGUUGUAUCUUUCACGAAGUUCCAAAUUUUCAUGUUGUUCGAAACAUGGUUUGCGAUUUCAUGCAUGAUAUUCCCGAGGGAGUAGCUCGUUAUGAUAUGGCAAUCAUUGUACAAAAUUUUAUAAUUAAGAAA